AUGGACCGCUUUAAUCGAAUGCUCGCCGCCGCACACAUGGGCGGCACCCAGACUGGACAGGAUACAAACUUGGUCGAUAACUCCGAGACCGUCUACAUUUCCUCCCUCGCCCUCCUGAAGAUGCUUCGCCACGGCAGGGCAGGUGUUCCAAUGGAAGUUAUGGGACUAAUGCUCGGCGAAUUUGUGGAUGACUUCACUGUUCGAGUUGUCGACGUCUUUGCGAUGCCGCAGUCAGGAACUUCGGUCACUGUCGAGUCCGUCGACCCGGUCUUUCAAACAAAGAUGAUGGAUAUGCUACGCCAGACAGGUCGGCCCGAGGUGGUGGUGGGUUGGUACCACUCCCACCCAGGGUUCGGAUGCUGGUUGUCCUCAGUCGAUAUCAACACGCAACAAUCAUUCGAACAGCUGACGCCCCGCGCCGUGGCUGUUGUCAUCGACCCCAUCCAAUCCGUCAAGGGCAAAGUCGUCAUCGACGCAUUCCGGCUUAUUAACCCCCAAGCCAUCAUGAUGGGCCAAGAGCCCCGGCAAACCACCUCGAAUUUAGGUCAUUUGAACAAACCCUCCAUACAAGCGCUGAUCCACGGCUUGAACAGACAUUACUACAGCAUCGGAAUCCAAUACCGCAAGACUGGCUUGGAAGAGAACAUGCUCAUGAACCUCCACAAGGAAGUCUGGACUGAAGGCCUCGAACUGCCCUCUAGUUUUGGCUCAGAACGCAAGAGAAACGAAGAGGGCCUUCAACAACUCGUCCAACUCGCAGAAGGGUACGAGAAACGUGUACGGGAGGAGAACGAAUUAACUGCUGAACAACUGAAGACGAGAUACGUGGGAAAAGUGGAUCCGAAGAAACACAUCGAAGAUGUCGGGCAGAGGCUGAUUGAAGAUAACAUCGUCGCCGUGAGCAGGCAAAUGAUCGACAAAGAAGCAAGCGUGGCGAAGAAGGCUGUGCAAGCAAACGGGAACGGCACAAACGGCACUCAUCGGGACAGGAUGGAGCAGAAUGGAGACAUGGAAGUGGAUGAGGAGCUGUGA